AUGCCUUCGGCGACGCCGUUCCACUCCUCUCUGCCUGCAAAGCCAGUAUUUUCAACACUGUCCCCUGCUGCAUCAUCGCUUGCCUCAUCGCAAAUAAAGCCGCCAGAGAGCGCAAGUGCGAUCUUUGGAGUGCCUAAGAUGCCGAGCAAGGAAACGGUCGCAUCGAUCUCGAGUCUACCUCCGAAUUUUCGUGCCCGCAACCUCCUGCAACAAACAGCGCGCAUCUUUUCGGUAACAUCUGCCCCAUCUCCAUCGCUCCAUUUUUUCAGUACGACUGGAGAAUCGGGUCCUGAUCCAACAAUAUCCAGCAGCAGUGCCAAUUGUGCGCUCGCUACCGCCAAGCUGUUCAGCCCUGGCGAGAGUGCGCAUUGGGUAUCCAGGUUAGAGAAAGCUGAACAGCGGCUUCGAGAAAUGGAUGACACUCAGGCUGCAGCCAGGCCUGCAAAGAGAAGGAGGAUCGCCAUCGUUGGUGCUAGCACAGCUGGUACGGCUGACCUCUUCACUGCGCUGCUCGAUGAACCGAUCGAACAACUUCAGCUUGGUGGGCAACGGGAGCCGGACUCCACCGACACGCCCCAGCGGAUGGCAAUGAAUUAUGGCGAAAAGGUGACGCUUUUCACUUCUGAGGGAUCGCCAAUGUUGCCUCCCGAUACAGAAGCAGACGACAGCAAGAUGGAGAGUAUCACGCUACCGACUCUCUCCUGGCUGCGCAACGCGAAUGUAGAAAUUCUGCGCGUCCUUGAUCCGUCUCCCUCACAAGAUCUCUUAGACACCCUGUACGCUACCGAUGCGAUCUUCUUUUUUGCGGACACAUACGGGCUCGCCAUGACGUCUCAACUCCGACGCGAAUCGAUCAAUCCGGGUAGGGCUCCUUUCGAUGCAAGGAAGACGUCCUCUUCUGCAGCAGCAUCUUCGACAACAACUACAACGCUCUCUCUCAUCUCGUACUUUGCUAGCAAGCCAGGUACCAGAUUGAUCAUCAACAAUCUUGGCUCCAACAGCAAUAGCGGCGGAGGUGCACAAAGUGCAGCGACCUCUUCCACCGCGUCCAUCUCAGCUGUGCUCGAAGGUGCCAUCGGCAGUGCCGCAUUUCAACGCCUCACGCAGCAAUGCGCUGACACGAGCUCUAGAACAAGGAGAGAAAGUAUCGAUGCUCUGAAUUCAGUCCCACCUUUCUUUGCAAUAUCGACUCCAAUGGCAUUGCGCGCCAACUCUGCGCUCCGUCAGGCGCUCGCCGCAGGCCAUGCUUCCGAACGAGAGAGGUCAGGGAACCCGUGGGAUACAUUUGCGACGCUUUACAACGCAUCGGGACUCGGUUCUAUCAAAGAACUCAUCACGCAUCCACUGCUGAGUUUGAGUGUGAGCGGCAUUGCACGAUCUUCCUUUGACUCAUCGGUCCCAAGCGACAACUCUGCAGCAGACGCUGCACAGUCCGCACUGCAGGCGGCGCUCUUCACAGCGCAGCAUGCUAGGGACGAGGUACGCUCCGCUAUCGCUGAAGCUUACGAGGAAGUUCGCACAGCAGAAGGCGCCGCGACUAUGCUUGAGCGCGAAGCUCAAGCGCAGAUGGCAGAGCUUGCCGAACGUAUUCUUGGAGAGAGCAAUGCGGCUGCACCAGUGAUGUGGCAGGAAAUCGAAGACGGGAAAGGCGAAGGCCACAAGAGAGGUCUGCACGGAGGGACAAAUGUGGGAGUAAGGCGAAGAGCCGGUGAUCGCUCAUCGCAACCAAGCGGUGUGCUGGCCGAUUCGCAAGGCAGGAUUGAACACAUCCUCAGCCGGCGCCUGCAGUGGUGGAAGAUGCCGGUCAAAGUCGACGAUAUCCGAGCUGAGCUUGAAGGUGCCGUUCAGGGCAGCUUUGCGAAAGAUGCUGAGGUGCAGCUCACCUUCGAGGCUGGGCGUCUGCUCAGCAGUGCAGCCGAGCAAGAGCACAAGACGACGCAGGUAUUGAACAGCCUCGUCUCGAGGCAGCAUGCGGUUGCGGUCGGACCCGCCAAUGACUUCACAGGAACGAUUGGCCAAGGAUCUGGACAUGCUCGAUCCUCCAACUUUGAUUCGGCGAUUUUGCGCAACGAACUUAGCAAUCAUUCUCUCGCAAAAGCAUCGCACUUGCUCUCGGUCGACAGUCUCUCGCAUCCAAUCUCUCGACGGCGGCAGCAGCUCCUUGCGCCCGGUGGGCCGAUCGAUCUACUUGCUUUGCGGGGGCAAACGAGCGUCUUCAAGGCCUAUGCGUGGACGUGCGCAAGCACGCUUGUAGCGACAUAUGGCGUCGUUCUCGGACCGCUUCUCGAGGGCCAGUUGCCAGCGAUACUUCAAAUCCUCACGCUGCAGCCGAGCACAGGCGCCAGCCUUGUGGCAUUGACGACUGCUUUUGCGGCAUUCAGGCUGCAAGGGUCGUGGGGGAAAGCGAAGAAGAGGUUCUGGAGAGACUGGGACAGCCUGACUCGGUUGCUAGAUUACGAUCUCGAGGACAAUCUACGCUAUAUCUUGACUGAGCGAAUCUUUGCUCAGCCCAUGGUUGCAUCACGCGGUCUGAGACACCUUGCAGACAAGCGCAAGCUUGCAUUGGAUUCUGCCUUGCGCACGUCCGAAGCUCUUGAGCAAGACGCCCAAGAGUCUGGGCUGUACCCACGCCCUUCAAGUGCGACGGACAAAUCAAUUUAG